AUGCCGCGUAUUUCUAACUUAGCCAUCCUAAGGGCCUAUCAGCAGAAUCCACUCCUUCCGUUAUUGCUCCGAGAAUGCCGAUCGCAUGACUCUGCAAAGAAUGAACUUCGCUGGCUCCAGGAGAGAGCCAGUCGCACUAUUACGUCCAAACAGGUUGCACGGUCUACACUCGCCCCCUUGGGGUGGAGAAGGCUCCUUAGAUCGAUGUGCCAUACUCGUUCGAAAGGAAUGCCCCUGCAGUAUAUCCUAGGCGAUCAACCCUUCGGCGAACUCGACAUCCUGUGUGAAAAGGGUGUGCUGAUUCCAAGGGCAGAGACGGAGACAUUCACCAUUCAAACUGCCAAAUUGAUCUUGGACAACAUUCAGAAGCACGGGCGUCAUGAAUUUGGUCAACAACAAGGUUCCUUCCGCAUAGUUGAUCUCUGUACAGGUAGUGGCUGCAUAUCGCUGCUCUUGCAUGCGCUCCUUGCCCCUCAUAUUGGUCGGCUUUCGAUUCUUGGGAUUGAUCUCAGCCCUGCGGCCAUUGGAUUAGCCAACAAGAACCUUGCGCGUAAUGUUCAACAAGGUCUGCUUUCAAAUCGUGCUGCCGCCGAGGUUUCUUUCCAGCACGGCAACGUUCUCACCCAUGACAGCACUGGACUUCCUUCGGCAAUGGAAGUGCUGCGCAAUUACCAAGGACUUUCCUUUGAUAGGGAGCCAAAAUGUGAUGUGGUCAUCUCAAACCCACCAUAUAUAUCCCCUGAAUCAUUUCGUGACGGUACUACCUCACGUAGUGUCCGGGUUUUUGAACCAAAGCUUGCACUGGUCCCUCCGUCCGGAGAUCCUACUAUUGGAUUAGGACUCAGUAGACAGGCGGAUCUUUUCUACUAUCACAUCAUUUUGCUAUCAUUCCAGAUUCGGGCGAAGCUUGUGGUGCUCGAGUGCGGCGACCACUCACAGGCUAGGCGGGUAUCUGCUAUUGUCAAAACAUUGUCCAGCGGCUAUCGGCUGAAUUCCCUGUCCAUCGAGAUCUGGUCUAGUUCUGGGACACCCAUUAGUGACGAAACCUCUUCCGAGAAUGGACCCUGCGCAGUUGUUCUGCAUAACUGGGCAGUAGGCUCCUAG